AUGGAGCGCAUUGGCGAGGCCCACCAGGUGCACCAGCUGCAGCAGGUCCAGCAGCAGCAGCAGGGGGUGGCGGCGGCGGCGUCCUUCGGCGUGGUCGAGCACUCUGUUGUGGCGGCGGCGGCGGCGGCGGCGACCAAGCCGAGGGCGCCGGGGCUGCCGCCGACGCCGCCCGCGUCCUUCGCCGGGCAGCAGCGCGGUGCGGGCGGCGACGUGUGCAUGGACGACUCCUCGGGGGCGGCGGGGCGCAAGCAGGUCGUGCCGGCGCACCGCCGGUCCCGCAGCGAGGUGCCGUUCGCGGGCUACUUCCCGCCGCCGACGCAGCAGCUGCCGCAGCCCAAGGCGGAGGCCGGCGGCUGGGGCGACGGCACCGGCGGCGACGACCUGUUCAGCUCGUACCUGAACCUGGAGGGGAUGGACGUGCUCAACUCCUCAUCGCCCGACAGCAGCGCCAAGGCCGACAGCAGCGAGAACGGCGACUCGGAGGAGUGCGCCGCCUGGGGCGCUGGCGCGGGCGUCAAGAGGAGCGCCGCCGGGGAGCCGGCGAUGGCCGGGCGGCACGCCAGGAGCCUGUCCGUGGACAGCCUCAUGGGGCGGCUCAACUUCGCUUCCCCCGGCGGCGCCGCCAACGGCGCGGGCGGCAUGUUCAGCCUGGAGUUCGGCAGCGGCGAGUUCUCCCCCGCCGAGAUGAAGAAGAUCAUGGCCGACGAGAAGCUGGCCGAGAUGGCCCUCGCCGACCCCAAGCGCGUCAAGAGGGUGCUGGCGAACCGGCAGUCGGCGGCGCGGUCCAAGGAGCGCAAGAUGCGGUACAUCGUGGAGCUGGAGCAGAAGGUGCAGAUCCUGCAGACGGAGGCCACCACGCUCGCCGCGCAGAUCAACCUCCUGCAGCGCGACUCGUCGGCGGUGGCGACGCAGAACAACGAGCUGAGGUUCCGGCUGCAGGCCAUGGAGCAGCAGGCGCAGCUCCGCGAUGCUCUGAACGAGGCGCUGACAGGCGAGGUCCAGCGCCUCAAGAUCGCGGCGUUGGAGCUCGGCAUCGGCGACUCCUGCUCCUCCAACGGCAUGGCCCAGCAGCACAGCCUCAUGUUCCAGCACCACCAGCAGCAGCAGCAGGAGGCUACACCCAUACCAUUCUACCAACUGCAGCACCAACAACAGCAACAGCAGCAGCAGCAGAACGGCACAGCCAACAAGCAUGAAUCAAGGGAGUGA